AUGAUUUCCAGCCGAUGUCAGGGAAUUCAAAAUUUUACACCGUUGGCGUCCGCAUGGUUGAAUUUAGACAGGGAGAUGGUCAACAACAUAGAAAACGGCGUAAAUAUUGCAACCGUGAAGAGCAAGGACGAAUUGCCGAAUUCGAUCAUUGUCACACAGGUUCCUGAGGAGGUUUUCACAAACCCGGAAUAUAAACAGAAUUUCUGCCAGUUGUUUACACAGAUUGAAGAGGAUAUACAUUUCGAUUUCUUAAAAAGUUUCCGACGGGUACGUGUAAUUUUUAGCACUCCUGAAAGUGCAACAGCAGCUAAGUUGAUAGUCCAAGGCUUCUCUUUCCAUGGCUACGAACUGAAAGCAUUUCUAGCGCAGAGAGUAAUACUUCGUCGAUCCUCUUCAUUGCUCUCACCACCUCCAGUUGAGAAACAGUUCUUGAUUUCUCCUCCAUGUUCACCACCUCUUGGAUGGUCACAAACAAGAGAAAUGCCGCCAGUGAUUUGUAAUUUCGAUUUGAUGGCACGAUUGGCGUCUUUCGCUCUUGACGACAAGUAUGAAGUACACAACGGAGACAACGACACGCCUGCAAUUAUUAUUCAUCCCUGCGAAACUCCACUCGACGCUCCCUCCAGUAUUGAAAUGCCGCGCACCCCAAGGCCCUCAUCACCUGCAUAUUAA